CUAGUGUCUUCAGACCGAGGUGCAGCAGUGAAAGAAUACACUUUAGAAACUGCUCAGAAGAAAGAAGCACCAUGAAGUGGCUGAUCCUUGCCCUGGUGUGCCUUCACCUCAGUGAGGGUGCUGUUGUCAAAGUUCCCUUGAAAAAGUUCAAGUCCAUGCGGGAGGUGAUGAAGGAGAAGGGUGUCCUUCAAAAGUUCCUGAAGGACAAUCAUUAUGACCCCGCCAGCAAGUACUUCAACAACUAUGCCUCUGGUUAUGAACCCCUUGCUAACUACAUGGAUAUGUCCUAUUAUGGAGAGAUCAGCAUUGGAACUCCACCCCAGAACUUCUUGGUUCUCUUUGACACUGGGUCAUCCAAUCUCUGGGUGCCAUCUGUCUACUGCCAGAGUCAGGCUUGCACAAACCACCCAUUGUUCAACCCCAGCCAGUCUUCUACUUAUUCCACCAACGACCAGACCUUCUCUUUGCAGUAUGGAACUGGGAGCCUCACUGGGCUCUUUGGCUAUGAUACCGUAACGAUCCAAGGCAUUUCCAUCAGCAGCCAGGAAUUUGGCCUGAGUGAGACUGAGCCUGGCACAAACUUUGUCUAUGCCCAGUUUGAUGGCAUCCUGGGCUUGGCUUACCCUGCCAUUUCUUCUGGUGGUGCCACCACAGUCAUGCAGGGAAUGCUCCAGCAGAACCUUCUUGACGCUCCCGUGUUCGGCUUCUACCUGAGCGGGCAAGAGGGCAACCAGGGUGGUGAACUUGCUUUGGGAGGAGUUGAUUCCAGCCUCUACUCUGGUCAGAUUGUCUGGACUCCAGUCACCCAAGAAGCUUACUGGCAAAUUGCAAUCGAAAGCUUCUAUAUUGGCAACCAGAUCAGCGACUGGUGCAGCCAGGGAUGCCAGGCAAUUGUGGAUACUGGAACGUCCCUCCUCACUGCUCCACAGCAGGUCUUUGGAGAGCUGAUGCAAUACAUCGGAGCCGAGCAGGACAGCAAUGGCGAGUAUGUAGUCAGCUGCAGCAACAUCCAGAGCAUGCCCACCAUUACUUUUGUCAUCGGUGGAAGCAGUUUCCCUCUGAGCCCUUCAGCCUAUGUCCUUCAGAACAACAGCGGCUAUUGCAGCAUUGGCAUCAUGCCCACUUACCUGCCAUCCCAGAAUGGGCAGCCUCUGUGGAUCCUUGGUGACGUCUUCCUUAGGUCCUACUAUUCCGUGUACGAUCUGGGCAACAACCAGGUUGGAUUUGCGCCAGUAGCAUAAACACUCCCAGAAGUCUUUAUUGCUGCUCCAGGCCUCUUCCUGCUUCAUUCCGCCUGCUUAUUCGUUCUGAUACAUGCUGUAAUCCACUGGCCUUCCUUUCUAAGGACUUGGAGGUGUUUCCUCUGCAAAAAUUUGAAACCUCUGCUGUGAAAAUUCACAACAUGGCUGCUGGGCUUCUCUCCAAAGUAAUUGCAAGCAAAUAAAAAUAUAACCAUACAAAUAACAA